AGAUAGUUUAGAAUGAGUGAAUCAGGCGACACUGCAGUAGUAUCCCUGGCUCCAGGACCGCAACCGGAUGUUCAGUAUCCUCUGAAAGUGGUCUAUUGUGGAGAAUGUUCUAUGCCUUUGGAGUACUGCGACUACUCCGGAAUCACUGACAAGUGCCGAAAGUGGGCAGAAGACCACGCUCCAGAAGCACUCGAAGGUCUUGAGAUUGCACCAGAAGGAGAGGGUGAAGAGAAAAAACAUCAGAAAAGAGGCGGAAAGGGUACAGUUAAGGUAAACAAGGUUGAGAAGAAGAAGACGGCCACAGCAACGAAAAUCACUCUUCAAAGAGAACCCCGCGGAAAGAAGAGCGUGACCGUUAUCAGAGGAUUAGCAGGCUUUGAAAUUGAUCUCAAACAAGCAUCAAAGCUGUUUGCGCAAAAAUUUGCCUGUGGUAGCUCCGUUACGGGUGCUGAUGAGAUCGUCAUACAAGGGGACGUGAAAGAUGAUAUCUUCGAUAUGAUUCCGACCAAAUGGCCACAGGUAUCCGAAGAUAUGAUUGAAGACCUUGGUGACAAGAAGCGAUAGAGUAGCUCAGGCUGUUUCUAAUCAUUUUUGUUAUUGUUCGCAUAAAUACGUUUUUUGC